UACAGUGGAACAAGUGAAACCUAAACUUCUCACGGACCAGCUUUCAUCGGUGAAGAUCGUCUUUCGUUCUGGUGUUCAAAUUCAACAUCCACGACCUCUAUGUCAUGGCGAAGUCUUCUACUGCUCUUUGGAUUGCCACUUCUGUCAUUCUGGUUACUUUAAUGGCUGGCAGUAUAAUGCUGUGGAGCAAAAGGGGAUCAUCAGAUAAGUCAUCCACAGAGAUUGCUACUGAUCCUGUAGAAAACCUUCGAGAAUCCGCACCCAAACAUAAGGAAAACAUCACACAGACAGCGAAUUCUACUUCAAUAACUGAGGCAAAAUCAACACAUUUUCAUCACAGUCGGAGGGAGUUCUGUCGAAAGUGCUGUCACACACCACCAUGCUGGUACAAGAAUCACAAAAAAUGUAGCAAGUGUGCAAACAAUAGACAAUCAAAGAUCUUCAUCAAAAGAAUUCUUCAAAGAUCGCAUAGGAAAGCGGCGAAACACCAUCUCAGGAGAAUGGCAAAACAACUUUAAAGGAUUAACAAGGAACACUUGAGUGGAAAGAACGACGUUCAACUUCGAAUCACAGGAAUUCUUCAGUAAUAGCUGGCCUCACACAAAUCCUUCUUCUAUAGGGAGCUUUUAACUCAGGGAAUUUCAAAAAACCAACAAGGAAGUAGUAGGUCAUACUCUGAAUUGUCCAGAGGAAAAUGAAACACCGGCGACCCUAAAAAAAAUCUAUCGAUGCAUCUUAACUGGCAAACUUUCACACAGAGGAUGAAAAAUUGACAUUACGGAAUCAAAGAGACUGCACCUGGCCUACAGUUAACAUGUCCACGCAUAUACAGUUAAUUUUAGUCCCCCCUUCAUGCCUCAAACAUAUAUUUUGAAAGAAAUUUAUUAAAUGUAAAUAAGAACAAACAAUAAAGUCUG